AGAGCGGCGAGCUGCGAACAAAAGCCCUCCGCGCGGGGCCGGAGCCCGGAACGUGUGAGACUCCACAGGACAGGGCUCCGCCAUGGUGGACCCCGUGCCGGAAGAGGAGAAGGCGGGAGCUGAGCCGGAAGGUUCGGGAGGGGACGGAGCCGCCGCGUCCGUGCCCCCUGACGCCCAGGGCGCCCAGCAGCCCGCUGCCUCCACGGCCUCGGCCUCGGCCUCAGCCUCGGCCUCGGCUUCGGCUUCGGCCUCGGCGGCGGGGGUGGCGCCCCGCAAGGCUGAAGUCCCGAGCGCCGCAGAAGAAGGCGGGCGGCGGGAGCAGUCCCCACUGCUGCACCUCGACCUCUUCAACUUCGACUGUCCGGAGGCCGAGGGCAGCCGCUACGUGCUGACCAGCCCUCGCUCGCUGGAGGCCUGCGCUCGCUGCGCCGUCAAGCCGGUGGAGCUGCUGCCCAGGGCCCUGGCCGACCUGGUGCGCGAGGCGCCGGGCCGCUCCAUGAGAGUGGCCACCGGCCUGUACGAGGCGUACGAGGCGGAGCGGCGGGCCAAGCUGCAGCAGUGCCGGGCCGAGCGCGAGCGCAUCGUGCGCGAGGAGAAGCGGCGCCUCUUCACGCCCUUGGGCCCGGCCGCCGCCGCCGCCGCCUCGGUCCCCAGCGCGGGCGGCAGCAGCAGCAGCAGCUGCAGCAGCGCCAGCCUCCCGGGCUCGCCUGCGCCGCGUGCCGCGCGCAAGGCCUCCUCCAGCCCGUCCCCCGCCCGGACGCAACCUCCGCCCGCGGGCUCGCGGGCAGGUAGGAAGAGCCACUCGCUAGACUCGCUGUCCCGCCGGCGCGAGGGCGCCCUCAGCUCUGAGUCCGGCGCGUCGUCGUCGUCCUACAGCGGGGAGAGCCUGCGGGAGCUGCGCUGGCCUCCGCGCGCCUCUGCCAGGAACAGCUGCCCCGCGGGCUCGGCGUCCUCCGCCCCCAACCCUCUGGGCCGCCCAUCCGCCCUGGCCCUGGUGCCGCUCACCGGCCGCAGCUUCAGUCUGGGCGACCUGAGCCACUCGCCGCAGACCGCUCAGCACGUGGAGCGCAUAGUGCGCCAAGUGCGCGCCGAGCGGGGCCUGCGCGGAGUGCCCGAGCGCGACCGCAAGAUCGCGGCGCUGAUGCUGGCGCGCCACCAGGAGGAGCGCCUGCUGCUGGAGCAGCGCGCCGCGGCCCACGGCCAAUGGGAGCAGCAGCGCGUGCGCGCCGAGCAGCGGCGGGAACGCGAGGAGCGGGAGAAGCAGCGCGCGCUGGAGCAGGGCCGCCGGGCCUGGGCCGCGCAGGUGGAGGAGCGGCGCGGCCGCCGGGGGCGCGAAGAGCUGGAGGCGGCGCGACGGCGGCAGCGGCAGUGCGAGCGCAGCGAAGAGCGGCGGCGGGAGCUGGCGGAACGCCAGGGCCUGCUGCGGCGGGAGCGGGCGGAGCGCGCCGCCCGGGAGGAUAGGCUGCGCAAGCUGCAGCAGGAACAGAACCUGAAGCAGCGCGAGGAGGGCCUGCAGGAGGGGCGCGAGCGGGCCGAACAGGCCCGCCGCGAGCGCGCCCAACGCGCGGCCCGCACCAAGCAGCGGCAGGAGGGCCAGCUGCAGCGGGAGAAGCGCGAGCUGAGCCGGGCCGAGCGCGCGCGCCACGAGGCGCUGCUGCAAGGCCGGGCCCGGCAGGAGCGCGCCGAGCGAGAGGGCCUGCGGAGCUCCCUGGAGGCCAGCUUGGGCCGCGCGCAGGAGAACUACGAGCAGCUGGUGGAGCAGCGCGCCCGCGAGCUGCGGGAGCGGGCCCGGCGCGAGGAGCUGCAGGGCCGGCGGGCCAAGGAGGCGGCCGAGCGCAAAGAGCGCGAGCACCAGGCGCACCUGGAGGCGCUGGCGCGCGCCGGAGAACGGCGGCUGCAGCACGCGGCGCAGGCGGCCGAGGAAGCGGUGCAGCAGAAGGCGCGGCGCGUGGGCCAGAGCCGGUUGGAGAAGGAGCGGACCCAGCGCGCCAACAAGGAGAAGGUGGAGAGAGAUGAAGACUGCCGCCGGCGGGAGCUGCUGCAGGCCAUCGGGCGCAAGCUGGAGCGCAGCGAGCAGCUGUCACGCGACCGGAGGAGCGCGCUGGAGAGCGCGCGCUCCACCGCCCGGGCCUCCUUCCAUGUGCGGGAGAAGGUGCGCGAGGAAACCAACACGCGCUCCUUCGACCGCAUGGUGCGCGAAGCCCAGCUGCACGCCAGUCUGGACCGUAAAUGA